AUGGCUGAAAAUACCAGACUCAGGGACCUCAUAAAUCAAGUCACUGCUCAUGAACAACAAUUAUCCACUCUGGAAAGAUCCAUUGACCACCGUCUAGAAACGUCUGAGCGGUUACACGCGCACCGGUUAGAUGAAUUCAACCGACAACUUCAAGAGGUGUUCGGGUUACUCCAAAAUAUGCAGCUCCAAAUGACUACGCUGACCGCAAACCCACAACCUGGCAUUCUGGGUGCUUCACCCUCACGACCACAACCACCAGCUCGAUCCAUGAAAAUAGAUUUUCCCCGCUUUGGAUCUGGAGAUCCAGGCCCCUGGCUUUUUGCCGUAGACAGGUAUUUUCGUUACCAUCAGAUUCCUGAAAUGGACCGACUCGAUCUAGUUUGCUUUAAUUUGGAUAUGCCAGCUGCUUGUUGGUUUGAAGCACAGUUUGCUAACGGCCAGCUACCUGAUUGGCAAUCCUUCGUCCUGGCUAUUAAUCAACGCUUUGGACCAUCAGAAUUUGAAGAUCCAUUGGGAUCUCUGGCCAAACUGCAACAAUUCGGAUCUGUGAUUGAGUUUCAAACGGCAUUUGAGUUGAUAGCACGCAGGGUGACAGAUCUGACCCCUGUAAUGCGUAAGAGCCUCUUCAUCGCGGGCCUGAAACCACAGCUCCGUCGAGCAGUCUUGGUUCAUCGACCUAUUGACAUGACCUCUGCAUUUUCUUUUGCAAAAAUUUAUGAAGAUCAAUUUGCCGAAGCUCGUGUAGCUAAACCAUGGGUCCCACGUACUACUCAGUCCCCACAACCCAUAGCAGCUCCACCAAUUACUAUCGUUUCCCCUUCCAAUUAUUUUAAACCCAACCCAUCCUUACCACCCAUACCCAUUAAACGAUUGUCACCAGCAGAAAUGCAAGUUCGCCGUGACAAGAAUUUAUGCUAUAAUUGUGAUGAGAUUUUUGUGCGAGGUCACAAAUGCAAAGGCAGAGCCACUCUAUUGUACCUGGAAGGAACUGAUGAUGAACCACCUGAUAUACCACCAGACCACACGCUUGCCCAUACUGUUGAAGAGGUUGAACCACCUUCCCAAGAGGUUCCGCAUGAAAUUAGUUUUAAUGCGUUAUUUGGUCACCAAUCCUCUAAUUCCUUCAGGUUGCAAGGUACAAUUUAUGGCCAACCAGUCCAACUGUUGAUUGAUGGAGGUAGUACUCAUAACUUUAUCACUUCUCGUAUGGCUUCUCAUUUUCAUCUAACUUUACAUGUUAUCUCCCCUUUUAAGGUUAGGGUUGGAAAUGGAGAUGCAUUAUUAUGUUCUGCUUCUUGUAAUUCUAUCCCUGUUAAUAUUCAAUCUCACGUGUUCACCAUUGACGUUUAUGUUAUUGACUUAAAGGGGGCUGAUAUUGUAAUGGGGGUGCAAUGGUUAUCCACAUUGGGACCAAUUGUUACAGACUAUGCUGCACUAACAAUGUCCUUUGUUCACAACAAUACACAGGUUUUACUCCAAGGGGCAGUAAACACCCACCCUAGCCACAUAAGCUCCUCCCAACUACAUAAGCUCAUGGUUCAUAACUCCGUAUCAUCCUGUUUGAUGUGCUUCACUACUCAAUCAGUGGAACACGUAGGCAAUAGUGGGCUGAAUGACGCUAUCCCAGGCUUAAGUCAGCUACUCCAUGAAUUUGCUGAUGUGUUUUUAGAACCAACCUCUCUUCCACCCGACAGAGAGUAUAAUCAUCACAUACACUUACUGCCCAAUUCCAAGCCUGUGCAAGUUCGUCCUUAUCGCUAUCCUCAUUGUCAAAAGAAUGAGAUUGAGAAGUUUGUGACUGAUAUGCUGAAAACGGGGGUGAUUCAGAACAGCCGCUCUGCCUUCAGUUCACCAGUACUACUAGUUAAAAAGAAAGAUGGCACGUGGCGUUUCUGUGUGGACUACCGAGCUCUUAAUGCAAUCACGGUGCAAGACAAGUUCCCCAUCCCCACCAUAGAUGAGCUGUUAGAUGAGUUACAUGGAGCCACUAUUUUUUCCAAGUUGGACUUACGCUCCAGUUACCAUCAGUCCGAGUACAAAAAAUAUCCCUACACUACUGUCCUUUUACAAGAAAUUCAGAAAGCUCCUAAUUCUAUGCCUGACUGGAGACUCCGCAAUGGGUUGCUCUUCCAUCGUCAUCGCAUCUAUAUUCCAGCACAAUCCUCACUGAUUGCUAUCAUACUUCAUGAGUACCAUGCGUCGGUUCAAGGUGGACACUCAGGGAUCCAAGCUACCCUGCAAAGAAUCACUAGAAAUUUCACUUGGAAGGGGAUACGCAAGGACAUCAAAAAUUACAUACAGCAAUGUGAAAUUUGUCAGAAAUUGAAACCGCCCAACCACUCCCCUUUUGGACUACUCCAACCAUUACAAAUACCAGAGACAUUAUGGGCUCACCUGAGCAUGGACUUUAUCACACACUUGCCUAUGUCGGCUGGGUUCACGGCUGUCAUGGUCGUUGUUGAUCGGUUUUCAAAGGCAGCUCAUUUCAUUCCCCUACCCACACAUUACUCCGCGUCCAAAGUCGCUCAGUUGAUUUGGGAUUUUGUGGGCAAGCUCCAUGGUUUGCCGGAGUCCAUCGUGUCUGACCGUGACCCAAUCUUCCUCAGCGAUUUUUGGCGCUCACUGUUCAAGCUGUAA